UCCUCCCAAAAUUAGUAGUUGGAUCACAAAUUACUGAAAAAUUGACCUCUUAACUGAUUUCCCAGCUUCACCAAACUGGCCUACACUCUCCUUCCUUCCACUUUCGCUUAAGAGUACAAAUUCCAUUAUUCAUCUCUAAGUUAUUAGAAAGAAAUAUAAGAAAAAUUGGGGUUUUCUUUCUUUUCAUUUUUAAUUCUGAAAAUGGGUGGAUUUUCAUGGCCUUCUGAAGCAGAGUUGAAUGAGUUAAAGAAGGUAGUAGCUGAGAUGGCUGGAAGAACUACCGAUGAUGUUAAGGUGGUUGUCUCCCCAUACAGGAUUUGUCCUUUGGGAGCACACAUUGAUCAUCAGGGUGGAGCCGUUUCAGCUAUGACAAUAAACAAGGGAAUUCUUCUUGCUUUUGUUCGUUCUGGCAAUCCUGAGAUGGUAUUGCGUUCUGCACAGUUUGGAGGAGAAGUAAGGUUCAGAGUUGAUGAAAGUAACCAUCCUAAAAAGGUUGCAAAGGCAGAAGAAGUUUUUAAUGCCAAUGGUUCAACUAAAUUGGAAGAAGAGUGUUGUUGGGGAAGAUAUGCUAGGGGAGCUGCUUAUGCAUUGAAAAGUAAAGGGAAUAUUCUCAAUCAGGGUAUUAUUGGGUUGAUCAGCGGUUCUUCUGGCCUUGACAGCUCUGGCCUUAGCUCUUCUGCUGCUGUUGGACUUGCUUACCUAUUGGCUUUGGAAAAUGCAAAUAAUAUAUCGAUUUCUCCAACAGACAAUAUUGAGUAUGACCGGCUGAUUGAAAAUGAAUAUCUAGGCUUGAACAAUGGCAUAUUGGAUCAGUCUGCAAUACUGCUUUCAAAACAGGGUUGUCUAACCUUCAUGGACUGCAAGACCAAAGAAUACAAGCUUGUAAACCCUUCAAACUUGAAAGAGAAUGACGUGAAUGGAGUACCGAAAUCAUACAAGAUAUUGUUGGCAUGUUCUGGUCUGAAGCAUGCUUUGACUAGUGAUACUGGAUAUAAUCGCCGAGUUUCUGAAUGUCGAGAGGCAGCAAGAGUUCUCUUAGAUGAUGCUGGGAAGCAUGAAGUGGAUGCUGUUCUAUCUAAUGUUGAACGAGAAGUUUAUGAAGCUCACAAGGACAAGCUAGAACCUCUUCUUGCUCGAAGAGCGGAGCAUUAUUUCUCAGAGAAUAUGCGUGUGAUGAAAGGAGUUGAAGCAUGGGCUUCGGGUAGGAUGGAUGAUUUCGGAAAAUUAAUUACCGCCUCUGGUAGAAGUUCAAUUGACAAUUAUGAAUGUGGAUGUAAACCUCUGAUAGAGCUCUAUGAAGUCCUUCUGAGAGCUCCUGGUGUGUUAGGAGCCAGGUUUAGUGGCGCUGGUUUCCGGGGAUGCUGCAUUGCAUUAGUCGAUUCUGAUAAAGCUUCGGAAGCCGCUUCAUUUGUGAAAAACGAGUACAAUAAGCUUGAGCCUGAAUUGGUUGGCAACAUCACCCAAGAAGCCGCAGUUUUGAUUUGUGAAUCCGGGGAUGGUGCUCGUGUCAUUGCUUCCCCAUAAACUUGAUACAUUAUUAGACUAGCCUCUUUGAUUCAAUCUACUUCAUUCCGUAUUAGUCUGCAGAUCCUGCUUGUGCCCCUCCUAUAAUUCUUCAAGUCGAAAUCUGUAGGUUAUCCAGGCACCAAUCCAUAUCUACAUACUCAUAUAUAGUUGAAGUUACGGAUUAAGUGUCACCGUGUAUAAAUGUGAAGAGUUUAUGCAUUAUGUGAUUUAUGUCUAAAAUAAAUAAAAUGGUAUCUUCCUUGGA